AUGAGUCAAGGUAUUAAUCAGAAUUGCGAAUAUAUUGAGGUUCAGACUCACGGGCAAAGCACAGACGAAGAAACAGCAACCAAUCAAAUUAAUGGAAACCACAAUAGUUCAAAUGAUAUCCUAGUUAAAAUUGCAGAACUUAAGAACUGUGGCGACCAUCGAAGUGUUUACGAAUUCUUUGAAGAACUUUCGGCAAGCAGAAAUCGUGAAAUGAUGAAAAAAGCUUGUGAAGAAGGACUUUGGAAAAAGAAAUCAUGUGAUACAAGUAACAUACUGCAUCUUGCAUGCCGCAAUGGGAUAAUUCAUCUUGUCAAAUCUCUCAUUUUCUGUGGCUGUGAUAAAGAGUCACGAACAAAAUUUGGUCUUACUCCACUCAUUAUUGCAUCAUGUUAUGGUCAUUUGGAUGUUGUGAAAUUUCUUAUUUCAAUUGGGGCAGAUAUAGAAGCAAAGAAUAAAUAUGGAUAUACUCCACUCAUUUUUGCAGCAGGAAAUGGUCAUCUUGAAGUUGUUCAUUAUCUUGUCUCUGUUGGAGCUAAUAAAGAGGCAAAGAAUAAUGAUGAAUAUACUCCAUUAAAAUGUGCAUCAAUUAAAGGUCGUCAUAAAGUUGUUAAAUAUCUAGUCGCUCAGGGAGCUGAUAAAAGUGUCAUGAAUAAUGAAGGAAAAACAGUAUUCUCAGUUGCAAUAGAUAGUGUGAGAAAUUAUCUAGGUUUUUUUGGAUUCAAAUAA